UUGUUGUGGGAAAUAACCGCCGUGGUGCUGAAGCAGGAGGAGGGGGGGCAUUCAGUCCACGUUAAGGACGAGGACAUGGCACCGUCCGACCCGCAGGCAUGAGGCCGAGGCUGUCGACAGGUAUCAGAUAAGGCGGAAGAAACGACACUGUGGUGGGAAUACUGCCGGAGCCGUGCCGAGCCGAGCCGAGCCGCAGACAGUACCGAGCUGUCGCGAUGUGGUAGCUAACCAUGGACAGCAGAAUAAAGGAGAAUCCAGAGAGAACAUUUGAUCUGGUUGUACAGGUGGCAUGUCCUGCAUCUGAACAUGAGGAUCCAACCGUGCUGUGGAGCUUCCCCCAGGACCACACAGACCAGGAGGUCCUUCAGACGAUACCAAAGUUCUGCUUUCCCUUUGACGUGGAAAGGGUUUCCCAGAGUCAGGUGGGGCAGAAUUUUACCUUUGUGCUCACGGACAUCGACAGCAAACAGAGGUUUGGUUUCUGUCGACUCACUCAAGGCUGCCGGGUCUGCAUAUGUCUGCUCAGUUACCUACCGUGGUUUGAGAUCUACUACAAGCUGCUAAAUACCCUCGCAGACUACUUAACGAAACAACAGGAAAAUGACUUGAAUGACAUGCUGAUUUCCCUCUAUGAUCUGCCAGUGCCAAAGCCCUUCACGCCAGUCAACCUGAGUGUGAAUGAGCAGUUGUAUAUUGCCACUGGGCAAGUACUGAGAGAUCGGCGAAGCAAGGAGCCGCACUCCUACUUCAUCGCCCCGGAUAUCAAUGGACUACCAACUAUCCCUGAGAGCAGGAACCUGACAGAGUACUUUGUGGCUGUGGACGUCAACAACAUGCUCCAGCUCUACGCCAGUAUGCUGCACGAACGCCGCAUCAUCAUUACCUCAAGCAAGCUUAGCACUUUAACUGCAUGUGUCCACGGUGCGGCUGCCCUCCUCUUUCCUAUGUACUGGCAGCACAUCUUCAUCCCUGUUCUGCCCCCGCAUCUUCUGGACUACUGCUGUGCCCCCAUGCCGUACUUUGUGGGAGUUCACCUCAGUCUACUUGAGAGAGUACGCAGCCGGUCACUGGAGGAUGUGGUGAUUCUGAACGUGGACACCAACACCCUGGAGAGUCCGUUUGAUGACCUGCACAACCUCCCCAGUGACGUGGUGUCCUCUCUAAAGAGCAAGCUGAAGAAGCAGUCCACAGCAACAGGAAGUGGCGUGGCCAGGGCCUUCCUCAGAGCGCAGGCCGCUCUGUUCGGAUCCUACCGAGACGCUCUCAGAUACAAACCCGGGGAGCCGAUCACGUUCUGCGAGGAGAGCUUCGUCAACCAUCGCUCGAGCACCAUGAGGAACUUCCUGUCCAUGGCCGUCAACCUGCAGCUAUUUAAACAGUUUAUCGACGGACGGCUGGCCAAAUUGAACGCAGGCCGAGGCUUCACCGACGUGUUUGAAGAAGAGAUCACAGAGGGGGGCUUCUGUGGAAGUAAUUCAAGGUCUUACCAGCAAUGGAUGCACACAGUGAAGAGGGGUGGAGCGCUGAUCAACACCGCUGUGACAAAGGCCAAGAGUCAUGCCAAGAGGGGUAUCCGGGACAUUAAGGGCAGACUCAAAGCAAGGGAUGAAGAAGAAGAGGGGAUGACGGUCUGUGCAGGGUCUCCCACCAGCACCAAGAGCCUGUCUCCAAGGAGACUGCAGAAGAUGAGACGGCAGAACUUCAACAAGUCUCCCAUGAGCAUGGGCCUUCGAGAUCACGGCUACGGGUUGGACGAUGACGAGCUGGACAGCGCCAGCAAGAUCUCAUCAGAGGACAGCGGAGACGUCCCCUCCAACAUCGAGGACAGCGACGACUCGUACUCGCUGGAUCUGGACAUGGACUCGUCCAGCACCGGCCAGAUGAACCUGCUGGAGGAGAUCCUGGACUCACUGAACACCACCACGGUGGAGCAGGGGAAACUCAGCGCCGCCAAGAGCCUGGACUUCUUCAGGUCCAUGGAAGAUCUGGACUACACGACCCCGAUCAAGCCCACACCUUCCAGUGAGUCGAAACCCACAGAUGAGCGGCGGGGGUGGAGGGGAGGAGGGGGCGGGGACCAAACCGGGUGGAACAUGGGCCAAGACGACAGCGCCGUCCACGGCAAACACCUGCCGCCGUCCCCCCCCCAGCCCACCAAGAGCAGCCUGAAGGUGGCGAAGAAACCAGCGGCAACUCCCCCGGUGCCCAUCACCGCCCCCCCACCCCCACAGAAGGACAGUGACGCCCUCAAGUUCCAGUCCCUCCCCCAGCGGCCCAGUUAUGACCCCCCGCCGCCUCCACCCACGGGGCGACACUUCACAAACCGCUUCUCCUACUCGCCCUUAAUGUCCCGCAGAGUUACCCCCCCACCAUCUCCGACUCUGCCCCCGGCGUCCGCGUCUCAUCCGGACCCCUCCCCUGCGCCCACGGGCCGGACUCGGACCGUCUCAGACCCCCAGACCGGCGCCGAACCUCCUCAGGCCUCCAACCAGACUGCGUCCACCAGCAUCCUGAGGAGGAAGGUGCUGUCCAAGGAGACGGUGAGGCAGUACCAGGAGAAGGCUCUGCACCGGCAGGGCAGCAAGGAGGGCGGGGGGGGCAGGGGGGGCCCGUCCAGGAACAGUCACUCAGCUAUGCAGGUCCCGUGGGGGGUGUCCAAAGAGGGUCUCCUGGGGCUCAGCCUGUGUCUGGGUCAGGGGAAAAGCUCUGGGGCUCCCGGUGUCCCGGAUCAAGGCCUCCUGGAGGAGAUUGAGUCCAUGUGUUGCCUGGGCUCCGGCCUCCAAACCGGCCUCCAGCUCUCACAAGUUCACAUCAACAACAGCCGCCAGGUCCAGAGCAAAGCCUCCGACGAGUAACACGACAGACCGGGCUCCGACCGAAUGGGUUCCUCUCAAAGUCGUUCACUGAGUUUCUGUUCUUAAAUCGAGUAUCAGUCUCAGAGGAAACGACAGUCUAGAGCGGGGGUGUCAAACAUACGACCUGUGAGCCAAAACCGGCCCACCAAGGGGUC